AAAAGGAGAAUCUUUAGGGCCCGCUUAAACAGACUAGGAUUAUUGGGUGACUAUUUAAAGAAACAUCACUAUAAUCCAGCAACUAAGUAUUUUCCAUCUUUAGCUCAGGCAUCUGGUGAGCCCCUGCAGAACUAUAUGGAUGUGAGUAAACAACUUAUUUUUUCCAUGCAGCAUUUUUUAAAUAUUUUUGUUUCUAAAACUACUUAG